AUGCACGUGGUGAUUGCACAUCUCCGGUAUUGCACAUCUCCGGUUGGUAGACUUGUUUUUCCAGGUGCUGAUUUUUCGAGCUCGGCACCGCAAUUUGGAAGCCCACUUCGUGACCUGAGCUUCCCAAUAGCUCGUUUUUCGAACGCCGCUCGGGAACCGACGGACUUCCUGUACUGCACCGCGGUUCGCUUCAUCGAGGGUGGCCGCUGCCUGGCAUACUGCCUCGUGUCUCGGCACCCGUUCGUGGAAGCCUUUGGGCAGCUGCUGGUAAUGUUGCACGACGGAGAGGAGGUGCUGGAAGAUGUUGGGGAGGCCAGACCCGUUGGGCAUUUUGUAGUCGAGUGCUCGUCAGGGCCGAGAAGGGCCUAG